AUGGAGAACUGGCAGAACAUCUUUAUGGAGAAGCUGAGGAAAAAGCAUAUAACAGAGCCAUGGAAACUUCUGGAGGACAAUACCAUCCAGGUAAACACCCUCAAGCCUGGCUGGACAGAGCACAUGCAGCGCUCUGCAUUUGGGAGGUUUCGGUGCUCCAGGUGCUGUCACAGCUGGUCAUCAGCCAAGGUGCACAUCCUGUUCCACAUGGGCCGGAGCCAGAGCUCAGGAAAGGUGCGGAUGAGAAUCUUCCGUCAGGCAUGCAGAGAGUGCCCUGACGGCCCGCUGGAAGAGCCCAACUUCAGCCAGGAGAACUUGGCUAGAAUCCUGGAAAAUCUGGUGCUAGUGAUGCUCCGGGAGUGCUACCAUGUGCCAGUGCAGGCCUCGGACUUCACUGAAGUCACUGUGGAAGCGCUAGUGACUGGGCCGCACGACAGCACGCGCUGCGAGGCCUGCCGGCUCGGGGUUUGCCGAAAGCCAAGGCCAGCGAGGGCUGCCUCGACGCAUGUGGAAAAGGCCAGCAGCCACCACACCCGCAGAGAGCAGGGCUUGAGGCAGCAAGUAAACCCAACACGCAGCGUCCCUUCCUUCAGCAACACCUCCCGCCGGAAGCGUUACUGUUGCAUUGGGGUCUGCUUGCUCUGUGUUUUGGCAGUGCUCCUCUUUCUUAUGGUUUAUUUCAUCAUCAAUUAG